AUGUCUAGCACUUUGUCACCGCAGAAGACAGUUGCGUCGCCACGCAUCCUGAGCUUUCCUACAGAACUCCUUGAGCUUCUCUAUCCACUACUCACGGGUAUCCACUGUGAAAGCAACUACGAACAGAAUCCAGAUCAUAUACACGCCGAGACGAGAACGGGAGGAUGUAAUCACUGGAAGAUCAUUACAUCCCCUGGCCACAGGGAAAGGGAGUGCCCUGCGAGAUGCAAAGACUGCAUUCAUUCGCAUGACCAACACGUAGCACUCACACUUACUCGUGUUUGCCGCCUUUUCUACUCAGUCUUUUUGAAGUUCCUAUAUUCAGAUAUCAGAACCCUCAUGUUAUCCAAAACCCGCUACGAAGACUGCGAAGGUUCAAUCAUUGUCCAGAACGAUUUCUACGAACGAGGCCCCUUCUUGCAGUACCGUCGCGCUAUACGCAGCAAUCGGGCACUCAUGCAAUACUGCCGCUCCUUGACAGUGGAAUUCAGGAAUUAUGCGUCACUAGAACUAUUGCAGUUCGAUCAGAAGCCCCUGUUCGCCAACCUAAAGUCUCUCACCCUAACGAAAAUCGAUCAGAACUUUGCAGAAGAGCUACCUGUGCUUCCUGUGCUGGAGGAAUUGUCAUUAUUCCGCGCCAAUUUCGACGAAGCCGGUGUGGUCUUCAGAAAGGGUCACACAUGUCGCAAGUUGAGCAUCGGUUUUGAUGGUCACGGGAAGUUACCUUUGAAACCUCUUCGUGGUGUUGCUCCGCCCACCCCAUUCAAGGCAGCAAAGGGCAAUCGGCCAGAGGCAUUCAGAGAGCUACACAUCGAGAGAGUGAAUAACUGGCCAGAGUGUAGAGAUGUCGCUAAGUUUGUACGAUUGUCGACCAGCCUGCAAGCAUUCAGUCUACGAAUGAACUGCCCAGUAGGGCACUCUACACCACCCUCCUGCCACUGGUCCUAUUCUGCCCUGCGGACUGUCUUGCUGCCUUUCCGGGCAACACUCCGCUCUCUCUGCAUCUUAGACUUUGGAGAUGCGUUGCCCGGGGACAGGCUCGACGUCAGCGACUUCACAAGCCUUGAAGAGCUGCAGAUAAGCUUCCACAUCCGGCCCAAGCAAUUGGGACAGUGCCUCCCAAAGGCACUUCGGAGGCUUGUCCUGGACCUCAACAAGCUUUCCAACACGGGGGAUGCCGCCCCCAGGGAUGGGGAGUAUACGGCGAAGAGCAGGUACCAGCGGUCGUGGGGGCUUGAGCAGGUAGAGCUUGACUGGCUCACUGCCACGGCGCUGGAGGUAGCGCGCCUGAAGUCUGUUGAGGAGUUGUCCUUGGAGUUCAUUGAACUCCGAUACGACACGGCCUGCAUGGUAUCCUUCCAUGUCGAUGCUUUCGACUUGGUUAACCAGGCGUACCUGGGGGAGCUUGCAGACCAACACCCCCUCAACAGGCUGAAGGCGGCGCGGGUGGCCAUUGAGGCGGCGGGGCUCACGGCAAUCAUUGCGGACCAAGAGGUGCCGCAAUGGUUCGUGGAGGCGGUGGGCAGAGGAUAG